AUGGACGAAAAGGUCCCUGCGUCGUUGACGUUGCUGAGUAUGGACGCUCAAGCGGUGCAUCUUCCUGAGCCAGAGCCCCAGCUCGAUGUGUUGAGCAUCAUGGACGACCUGGACAAGAGCGAGAGCAAGGAGGAGGAGGUAAAGACGACAAGCAGACGAACGAGUUUCGAGGUGAACGAGGUGGAGACGAGGACGAACGAGGUGGGAGAGAAAGGCAUGGACGUGGUAAAUGCAGAAGCCGAGCGAAGCUAUGGAGGAGUGAAAGAAGAGGGAGAAGAAAAGGCUGUUUGGGAUGAGACUGUGGUAGACGAGCAGGAGAAGGAGAUGCACGAGCUGGGGAUGAAGGUAAACGAGCUGGAGAAGGUCGGAGCUACUGUUGGUGCUGUCACUAUUACUUCUACUGAUUCUGCAGCUGCCAGUGCUACUACCGCCGCUCCUGUUCCUGCUUGCACUGCAGCUGCUGCUCUUGUAAACGACCAAGUGAGGCGUCCGUCUUUGGAGCGGAAGUCCCUUGUCACAAUUCGAGCCUCGGGGACGCGCGCCGUAGGAUCUCUUUUUUCGAGGUUCAAAGGGGGACGAACAAAGAAGUCGGCAGAGCCGUCGAGUCCAUCUAUUUUGGAGACGGCAGCGCAGGUACUGGAAGUGCCAAAGGAAGCGGGUGGGGAUGAUUCUACGCCAAUGACGACGAAGAGGGAGUUGGAUGGGAAGCAAGAGCAAAGCUCUGACGUAGUUAGUGGUGGCGAGAAGAAAGAUGAUUUUUCGAAACUAGCUGUGGCAGCUGAAAAGGAGAUAAAACAAGGGACUGUUGAAAGUCAUGAGGUGCCGAGGCACAAAGGUGUCGACGCAAACGAUGGAAACACGGACUUUUGCGUGCACGAGUCGAUGGUUGAUUUGGUAUGUUUGGAUGGUGAAGAGAUAAGUGAAAGCACGGAUGUUGUGUCUCGAGCUGGAAAGCUGUCGGACGUGACCAACUCGGCAUUUGCUUUAGGCAUUGUAGAAUCUGCGGAAAAGUUCGGUGGCACCACAUCAGGUCUUCUGCCAGGGGAAAUUGCUUUAUCAGGUACUGAGACACUGGGAGUGGAAAUAUUGAUUACGCCGGAGAUCACUGGUUCGGAUGAUGGGCAUGUUGUCAGUACCAAGUGUGAAGAUGAGUUUGUGUCCCCACUAGUGCGGAGUACUGCGAAUGAGACAACAGAUGCGACCGAAAGUAUUGCUACUGCUGAUAACGCUGAAUCUGUGUCGCAAAAUCGUGAAGCGCAAGCCGGAUUUGAUGUGCGGCCGGCGGACAUGCAACCACUACAAGCUGAAGCAAAGGUAUCUGGCAACAGUGGCACGUUGCCGGAUGAGGUUGCUAAUGGAAAUUUUACGAUUGAAGUGUCUGAGAAAUUAACAUAUUUUGACACACACAAGAAAGAGGACGCGUGUGUUGUCGAAGUCACUUCUGUCGAACCAUUGGUGGCUCAAAUAGCUGACACUGUGCCAAUGGACGAAAUCACACUAAGCGCGGCUGUAGCAACACACACUGAUGCAGCUGUUGUUUCCGUAGAGCCGGAGCUGGCUGAGAUUACUGCAUUGACUGAAAGUUCUCGUAGUAAAGCAUUGCUGACUAACGGCAUUGAGCUUUUGCAAGUUGUGGUCGCGCCGUCACCGCCUAAACUUUCUACACAAUUAGUUGCACCAGCAAAACCAAAACAAGUAUCGCCCGUCAAACGCCUUACCAGUCGUUUUGAAGGCAAGCGAGAACAGUCUCUCGACAGCUUGAAGUUUCGCACUGUACGUGGCUUUUUCCCUGACGAGCGCAGUGUCCAUGUGGGAGCGGAAAAAGAGAAGUAUGAAGCGCAUGCCCAGCAGCAGAAGCUAAAUGCGAAGGCAGAACAAGUCAUCAAGUCGAAGUACAAGACGGCGUCAGGAUCUAAAUCUUUCGAAAAAGAUCCUGUGCCGGGUGCAAUGUCUUUUGAAUUCGCAUCCGUCACUAUGGACAUGGAAAACGAAGCCGUGUUGAAUCGUACUUUUAGUGCCGAUUCCUGUGGUUUUAUGACACCCGACGCUACUGCAAGUCGAAAGAAGUUAUGUUUUGAUGACGCAAAUUCUGCAGUCAGUUCUUCUCCACAGUUAAGCGGUGAUACAGAAGAAGCCUUGACACCUGUAAAAAGCAUUGCAAGUCGUUUUGAAGGCAAACGCGAACAGUCACUCGACGCGUUGAAAUUUCGCACAGUUCGUGAAUUUUUCCCCGUAGAGCGGAGUGUUCACGUUGACUCGGAAAAACAAAAGUUGGAGGCCCAUGCGCAACUUAACAAGUCUCUUGACACUUUGAAGUUUCGCACUGUGCGAGAAUUUUUUCCCGAUGAAGGGAAGCGUAGUAUUCAUGUUGGUGCUGAGAAGGCAAAGUUUGAAGCACUGACGAGACCAAAGGGCGGUGUAACGAAAGCUGCCGAAACUGUCAAGCGGGGCAGCGCUGGCUGUACGCCUUCAUCGACAACUGUGACAUGUGAAGAGUCUAAGAUGGCGUUUAGUGCCGCGGCUUCUUCAGAGGCGAUUACGCAAGUACUGGACCAUGCUCACGACGAGACAGCAACGACUGGUGCCGCGAGUUGCUCAGAAAUGAAGAAAGAAAUAGCUGUGAAGUCGGCUGAGACAGGUGCUGAUGUUAUCGCAGCUACAGCCUUGAAGGAGGUCAGCGAUGUAUCGGUCUCCGUAGAGGAAGUUUCAGUCGAGGUGGAAGCAAAUGACAUCGUGGCCUGUCUUGAUACUGAAGGCGAUGGUGUCAAUAAGGAGGAAACGCAUUCUAGUUUUGGUGAGCUGCCUUAUGUGAAAGAGUGUAAGGCUGCUGCGGCGGUAAAAAUAGCUCAAGUUGGCAGCAAAGCUGUUGAAUUGCCAGUAAUCGUGGACAACGGACCUACAAGUACUCAAGGCAACAAGACUACUGUGGAUGCUGAUUGUCAGUACACUCUUUUAGCUACUGCCGAAAAUUUUUGUGCAGCUCAAAAUGGCCGCAAUAAGCUCGAUAAUGAGGAAACAGUUGAAGGAGCUCAAGAUUUUGGGCCAGAAAGAGUCACAGCAAGGGAUAAGGUGGAUGUCAAGGAAGCUUUUGUGGUUGAGUCGACAGCUUUGGACACGAUCGAUACUACCUGCAGCGUUGUUGAGCAGGCGAAUUCUGUGCAGACUAGUCUAGCCCAAGUGGUCAAAUCGAUGGCUACACAGAGCGAGUUGGUCGAGAAGAAGGUUGCACAGCACAAGGUGGUCGAGAAGAAAGUUGCACAGCGCGAGGCUGUCGAGAAGAAAGUCGCACAGCGCGAGGCUGUCGAGACGAAGGCUGCACGGAGCGAUGUGGUCGAGUUCGAUUGUACUGAAUCCGAGCAUAUUUAUCGGGAUGCGUCUGUUUCACCGGUCGGCCAGAUCGCUAUUAAUGGGGGUGAAGCUGGUGGAGAUCCUCGAGUCAUGUAUUUUAAAGUUGCUGCAAGUCUUGAGAAGGGACCGGUGCAGUCAGAACAGGAUCGUUCUGUUUGCGAAAUGCGAAAGGAAAUAAUUAACAGGGAAGUGAAGACGAGUUCUCAACCAAUGCUCACGACAGAGCGGUCGUUCGUGAUUGAGGAUGACCACACCAUUGACAUCGAGGAUACAGUUGUUGUAAAAGAACGGCCAAUGACAGAUGGUGAAGAAGAUUUUGAAGCCCUGUCGCAGUCGAGGGUCUCUCAAUCACAUGAGUCGUAUUCUGAUAUUACAUCAACAAAGACGACGGAAAGCUCGAUUUCGAAUACUGUGACGCAAACGUCUCCAAAGGUGACUCACGAAACGUCUGCGGGGCUAGUAGGAUCGGAUAGGUCGUCGCUUGGUGGACCCGUUGCUCCUGUUGUUGAGGGCUGUGCUUUUUUUGCUCCGUCACACAUAGCGAAAAAGGCAACGGAAGCAGAGGAUGGCACCGAAGCGCCACCGCACGUUACAAAGAAAAGCAUAGCAUCCAUGCGCAAGAGCACUGUCAGUGAGAACGGAUCAACAAAGGCCCCAAUUACCACUGCUACCGCGUCAGCGCCUCUGAAACGAGCGUCAUUCCCAGCACGCUUGGGUUCGCGUCAGGCGGUAAAUAAUUCGGGCUGGGUUAGGAAGGGUGGUUUUUCGAAUGAUUUAGCACCAAGGACUCAAUCGUCAAAACGUGUGGGUUUGGUUGGUUUCACUAGCGUCAUUAAGCCGGCAUCGCCUGUGCCGACAGUUUAUGGUGUAUCGAAACGUGUACUGACCGCGGCCACAACCGCUGCCCGUGAGACGAAAAACGGUGAGCGUUGUAAUGAUGUCGAUGUGCCAUUGCCCUCGAUCUCAGCCCGAACCAAAAGUGUCUCGAGUGUCAAAAGUAAUGCGCGAGACGGGAUUCAGACCGAUUCGGUUCGUGCAGUCACCCAUAAAACUAUCACGAGGGAGGCAUUUAUUGCUGCUGAGCGCCGAAAGAGCUUUGGAUCGGCUGGAGUGAGAUGCAUUGGAGAUGCAAAUAAUCGGCGCGUAUCCCUCACUGCUCGUGCAGCGAUCGGAGAACCGCCGGAGCCGUAUGUUCGGUCAGCACUUUCACGCAAGAAAUUGAACUCGACGGUUCCUCGCUAUAUGAAUUACGAGAACGCACCAGGGUAUGCUGAGCGUGCCCGCCAGCAGUACGAGCGACGCAAACGCCUAGAAGCGGAAAAUGCUGCGAGGUCUGAAAAGCGUCAGCGUGAGUUGCGCUCAUUCUUUGACGAUAAACAGCAGAAGUCGCUGAUGACGAGUGCCGAUAUCGUCCGCCGCGGCUUGGAGGCUCACGAAUUUGCAAAGAUGGUAAAAGAGGGCCAAAACACUAAAGAGAAGACUGCAAGGCCAGACAGACAAGGCGGUCGGGCUACACGAAGCCACUGUCGUGCUCCUUCAUCUACCUCAAGUGAAUGCACGUCGUCGUCUAAUGGUGCUUCCUCCCGUGCAUCGAAGAGGUCGUUCGUGCUUUGUGCUGCAGAGAAAGCCGUCAUUACAGUUGCCCCGGGGGCGACCAUAAUGACGGCUCAGGAAGUAGCUGAAUCAGUGGUCGUGAAAGAGGAGGUUGCCAAGUCGACGCUUGAAGAGGAAUAUACUGAGACGCAGGAGGCUGUCAUCAGCGGGGCUAAAGCCGACAAACAGACGCUUCAUUUUGCGGCUGUAGAUGAAGACUUGUCACCUAAGCACGUUGCUAGGACAAGCAAUGAUGACGAGACAAGAAGCGCCGAGGACAAGAACGGUUUGUCGAACGAGUAA